AUGCGACGAGAGGACUGGUUGGUCCAAGCAACAUGCGUUUUGUUCCAAUUGUUGGCUACAGUACUAUUGUGUAGUACUACUAACGGCCAAACAAUCCAAGACGAUCUCUAUAUUGUCCCAAUUGCAAAAAUCAAUGUUCCAGAAUAUGGAUCAGUAUCAUUCUAUCCACAAGUCUACUACUUUAAUUCAAGCUAUUCUUCAAGUUCAUUGCAAGUCUCUUACUCGAUGGCAGAUGGCUCAGCAUUGAAAAGUGGCAUGACAGUUUUGAAUGGUGUAUUGAACUUUUAUUCAAAUCCUGCACAUGUUGGUCAACUCAGUGUGUUGAGAAAUGUAUCUUAUUAUAAUAGUGAAAACAAGUUUAUUACAAUUUCACAUGUGACCAUAUUUCAAGUCAUUCCAACACCAACACCAAAUCAAUUAUCCUUACUAUUUUCAGAUGAUUUUUUAGGUGGUGAUUUAUCUAAAUGGUAUUUAUUAGAUGGCACUAUGAAACUACAAUCAGCUCAACUAAAUAUUUAUCAAAACAAUACGAAACUUGUGACUGUUAACAGUUUUGAUUUAACUAAUCAAUUGGGUGUAACCUUUACAUUCAAUUUAUUGACCACAUGGACAGCUUCUAGAGGAAUUCUUAUUUAUGUGGACAAGUUGAAUUAUUAUGAAAUUAACUUGUCAGGUUCUUCUUUUACUAUUACUCGUUGUGUGAAUGGAAACCCAACAGUGAUAUUGCAAAGCACCAAGCUAUUACAAGUUCAUGCUGCAAAUUAUUAUUCAAGUUAUAAGGUUUAUUUACAAUAUACCAAAGAAGGAAUGAUAAUUACUAUUGCUAAAAUUGGAAUAUUGGCAAGUGAUUAUGUUCUAAAUGUAGUUGAUAGUUUUACUAAUAUUGAUGUAUUCAAAAGUGUUAAAUUGGGUUUUUAUGAAAAAACUGUCGACUCUCCAUCUCAAUCAAAUUUCAAAGUGUUACAAUGUAAAGUUUACAAUGGAAAAUUAAUGCAUUCCAGACAAGGUGUAACUUAUCACGUUGAUGGUAAAAAUGGUAAUGAUUUGAAUGAUGGUCUUUCUAGUUCAAGUGCCUUCAAAACAUUGAAUACAGCUCAAUACCAAUUAUUACCUGAUGACACUCUAUUAAUUCAUGAUUCAAUCUAUAGAGAAAGCUUUCAAAUUAAUAGACAAGCAUCCGUUGACCAUCCAAUUACUAUCAAAGCAUUUAAUCAACCAACCACAACAUCCACUUUUACAACAACACCUUACACUCACACAGCUAUUCUUGACGGAUCGCUUGUUUUGGAUAAUUCUAAAUUUAAAAAAAUUACCAAUUCAAACAUUUAUCAAAUUGCACUGAAAUUUACACCAGAUGUUGUCUAUCAAGAUAAUGUUAAAAUGAGCUUGGCAAUGAAACCACUUCCAAGUAAUUUACAAGAUGAAUAUUUUGUUGACAAUUACAUUCAUCCUAAAAACAAUUCAAUUCAAUCAUCAUCUGAUAAUUCAAUGAUUUAUUUACAAUUGGAUGACAUGUUCAAAUAUGAUCAAUUUGGUAGCCAGGCUCCAGAUGAUUUCUGGGUUGGUGCCAUCUUUUAUCAAUUUUACAAGGCAGGUGUCUAUGUUAUAACACGUAAAAUAGUAUCAUAUAAUGCUACUACUAAUACCAUUGGAUUGCUUUAUAAUGACUUGCCUGUUGUAACAAGUGAUUCGUAUGCUAUUGCUAAUCAUAUCGGUUGCUUUUCACAAGCUGGCCAAUACGUUGUGAAUACGAACUUUAUUUCAGUUUCAUUAAGUACUGACCCUACCGUAUCUCAAACAAUCCUGGAGGUUUCUGCACUGGACAAUGGUGCUAAAAUUGUUAAUGGAAUGGAGGGAAUUAACCUUCAAGGUUUAAUGGUUAGAAAAUAUCUAAGUGAUGGAAUUGUGUGUUCUGGUGGUUGCACAAAUUUGGUAAUCAGUAAUUGCUCUGCCAAAUAUAAUGGUGGAUCUGGUAUUAGUUUAAGUUAUUCCUCAAAUCUACUAGUUGAUGGUGGUGAAAUGUCACAAAAUUUCAACAAUGGAGUUAAUUUUGGAGGUGCUGUAAAAGAUUCCACAGUACAAAAUACCUAUACUCACAGAAAUAUUAAUAAUGGUAUUUGGGUUGGUAAUGCAGGAACACCUCUAUUCUAUUGUGUGAAUAUUCUAUUGAAAUCUAAUAAGGUUGGUCCUCAAAAUAGUGAAAGACUUCAUCCAGAUAACAUUCAAUUGGCCAGUGCUGAUAAUAUUACACUCGAAUCGAAUAUAUUAACACAAGAUGGUGAUCAAAAUAUGUGGAUGGAUAAGAAUGGUCUUGUAAUAUUUAAGAGAAAUAUUAUCAUUGGUGGACCACUUGGUGUUAAUAAUGCACAGAGUGUUGUAAUGUUCAACAAUGUGUUCUAUAAUUCUUAUUUGAGAUUUGCUGUUGCACCAGUUGGUCCAUUUGUUGGACUUGAUAAUAUUGCUGAUUGGUCUGACAUGUUCAAUAGUAUUACAGAUACCAAUUCACAAUCUAUUGCAAAUAUUCUUGUAUGGUCAAGUAUGAAUUCACAAUUAUCGUCUACUAUCAAAUCCUAUUCAUCUUACAAAUCAUUAACAACUGCAGAUAAGACUGCUAUUAUUGAUCAAAUUAACAGUGUUAUCAAUAAUACUUCUUUUAUGGCACAAUUUAAGGAUGUAGUAAUCCCUUUUUUAGGAAAAGAGCAUGUUGUGGCCUAUCCAUACUGGAAUGCUAUGACUAAACGAGGAUUGAUGGAUAAAUCAACUGGUAAACUCACAAACAGCAAUAAUGAAACAAUUUACGAAGCUAAAGGUUUAACACGUGCUAUUUUGGAUGAAGUUUUUGAUGGAAUUAUUUACAAAGGUCCAAUUACCUUCUAUCCAAGAAUUGUUUCCAUUAAGAAUAAUGCUUUCAUUGAAUCAUUUUUACAAUUACCUUCCACAACAUACAGCUUACUACCAUAUUGGGAAUCCAAUUUCAAUUAUAUUGAACAACCUGCCUCGUAUCAUGCCAAUAUUUGGAAAGCAUUAGCUGGCCCUAAUACUGUAUUCGAAACAUCAGCUAAAAACACUACUCUCUACUUUAAGAAUAUGACAGCAUAUGAUUUCCACUUGAAUUGUAAUUCAAAUAUUACACUUAUUGACAAAGGAACCAAUGUUGGUUUACCAUAUUAUGGUCAAGCACCUGAUAUUGGACCUUAUGAAUCCAACUGCAAUAAUGAAAUCAAUCCAGUCAAUCCAGUCACUCCAAAACCUUCCAUUUCAACUAAUCCUCAAAUCUCAGCAAUUGCUUCACCAAAACCAAAUCAGUCACGGGUUGUUUCUUCAACUACAAUGCCUGAAUGGAAAGUGUUCUAUUUAUUGAUUGGUUUGAUUAUCUCAAUGCUUGUGCCUUAA